AUGCUCCCGCUUCGCUUCGUAUUGACGCUGCUCACGUGUUUGGUCGUCCUUGGCAACGCGCGGUGCUACUGCGAGCGCUACUACUUUGAGGACAAGGAUGAGUACCGCCAGAAGCCGUGCAACGACCUCGAGGCGCAGUCCGAGUGCAACCGCGCCAACGACCAAGUGACCGACAUGGUCAACUCGGCCGGUCGCAACGCCGACCUGUACCUCGAGACGCUCGUCCUCAAUAAUGCAUCCGUGACGCCGGCGCAAGCCUCGUACCUCCGGUCCAAGCUCUCGGAGGCCAUCGAGUGGGGCAAGCCCGUCGGCGACUGCGCAAAUGGGCUCACGACCGAGACGCGGCUAGUCAACACCGACUACAUCUGCGUCUCCAUGCCGCUCUUCCAGCAGUGCGACACGCUCGCAAAGACCGUGCCGCAGUACUUCAGCAGCAUCCACAACGUCCUCGCCGAGCGCCUGCGUCUGGAGAACGUGUCGGGCAUUCUCGAGAAUGGCAAGCUGACGACGCUCGCAACCGAGUUUCUCUACGUGAUCAAGCUGCGCGACUCGAUCACGCGCGAGUCCAACAAGAUCCGCUGCCAAGGCUACAACGCGACCGUCGACAUUCUCCGCAAGUCGGCGGCGCCUGCGAGUUCUAGGAGCCUCGGACGUUCUUGUCGACUGCCCUUGUAG